UAGCUGCUGGGAAGUAAAUCCUUCUGCACAAUAAAUUAUCAAUUUGUUUCUAUCUUACCACAGUUAAAAUGUUAACUGUGGAGCUUAUUUUGCUCUGAGAAGGCCAUAAGCCCUAAGGGCUCAGAGUUUAAGAGAUCUUUACUGAUUCCUUUCUUUAGCUGCUACCGCGAACCCUAGAGUCAAUCAUUUCCUCCGGGAGUCGGACCACUCCCAUUUCUUAGACCUAGCCCACUUAAAUCAUCCCUCCCUCCCCUUUCAUGGCUCCGCCCCGAGCCCCACAGCAGAAGAUUAUUAUUGGUGGAGAAGUUGUUCUAGUCCCACCCCCGGAGGGGGGCGAUAGGCUGAACUGGCGUGGGGCGGUGGUGGUUGGCUGCCUGCGGACGGGUCUCUCUUCGUGCCUGUCAGAGUGGGUGGAGGCUGUGGCUGCCCGAGGGUGUGGGUUGUCUGUCAGUGUGAGGAGGGCGAAGAUGGCUCGCCAGGACCCGUUCUGCUAGGAAGAAGGGGGGCAGGUGGUGCUGCUCCUCUGGAGAAAGCACAGCCGCCGCCUUCGUGGUGGCUGCAAGCCGCACAGUUCGAGGUUCUGCAGUGGAGCUCUCACAGCCGCUCUGAUUGAAGGCUUGAAACAGAUGUGGAAAGAUGUUCACUUCAGAGAGAGGGGUUGUAGAAGAAUGGUUGUCAGAAUAUAAGACCCUGCCAGAAACAUCUUUACCAAAUUAUGCCACAAAUUUGAAAGACAAGAGCUCUUUAGUUUCAUCUCUCUAUAAAGUUAUCCAGGAGCCUCAAAGUGAGUUGCUAGAACCUGUCUGUCACCAGCUGUUUGAAUUCUAUCGUAGUGGAGAGGAACAGUUGCUUCGGUUUACUUUGCAGUUUCUUCCAGAACUGAUUUGGUGCUACCUUGCAGUCUCAGCCAGCAGAAAUGUGCACAGUAGUGGAUGCAUCGAAGCUCUUCUUCUAGGGGUUUACAAUUUGGAAAUAGUUGAUAAACAGGGACAUAGCAAAGUAUUGAGUUUUACAAUUCCAUCUUUAUCCAAGCCAUCUGUAUAUCAUGAACCUUCCAGUAUUGGGUCCAUGGCUCUGACUGAGAGUGCACUAUCCCAGCAUGGGUUGUCAAAAGUUGUAUACAGUGGACCUCAUCCUCAAAGGGAGAUGCUUACAGCCCAGAAUAGGUUUGAAGUGUUGACAUUCCUUUUGUUGUGUUACAAUGCUGCCUUAACCUAUAUGCCCAGUGUUUCUCUUCAAUCACUGUGUCAAAUUUGUUCAAGAAUCUGUGUUUGUGGAUAUCCUCGACAGCAUGUAAGAAAAUACAAAGGUGUAAGUAGUAGGAUACCAGUUUCUUCAGGAUUCAUGGUGCAAAUGUUAACAGGAAUUUAUUUUGCCUUAUAUAAUGGAGAAUGGGAUCUAGCUCAAAAAGCACUGGAUGAUAUUAUAUACCGAGCCCAGCUAGAAUUAUAUCCAGAGCCAUUGCUGGUUGCUAAUGCUAUAAAGGCUUCAUUGCCUCAUGGUGCCAUGAAAUCUAAUAAGGAAGGCACAAGGUGUAUACAAGUUGAAAUCACACCAACUUCCUCUAGAAUAUCAAGAAAUGCAGUAACCAGCAUGUCAAUAAGAGGUCACAGGUGGAAAAGACAUGGAAAUACUGAAUUUACAGGUCAAGAAGAACUGAUGGAGAUAUCUGAAGUUGACGAGGGAUUUUAUUCCAGGGCUGCCUCUAGUACCAGCCAGUCGGGUUUAUCAAACAGUAGUCACAAUUGUAGUAACAAGACAAGUGUAGGAAAGAACCAGAGACGGUCAGGAGGAAGCAAAACUGGAGGAAAAGAAAAAGAAACUACAGGGGAAUCUUGUAAAGAUCACUUUGCUCGAAAACAUACACAGAGAGCCCAAAGUGAGAACCUUGAACUUCUCUCUUUGAAGAGACUAACUUUAACCACCAGCCAGUCCCUACCUAAGCCUAGUAGCCAUGGUUUGGCCAAGACAGCAGCGACUGUUUUUAGUAAAUCCUUUGAACAGGUCAGUGGUGUCACAGUCCCACAUAACCCAUCAUCUGCCAUUGGUUGUGGGACUGGGACAGAUGCAAAUAGGUUUUCUGCUUGUAGUCUCCAAGAAGAAAAGUUUAUUUAUGUUUCAGAAAGGACUGAACUUCCAAUGAAGUAUCAAGCAGGUCAGCAGAGACCACCUAGUAUUAGCAUUACUCUGUCUACAGAUUAAUUUGUAAUAUAGUUUUCUUCUUAUAACCAGUAAAUCUGGAAAUAUGACUGCUUCGUAAUGAAAGUGCCCUAGUUCUUUCAUGCCUGUUCCUAACAUGAGCCCUUAAAUUCUGAAGAAAGGAAAUAAUGUCUAGGUUGCAGUAAGUUGAAAUAUUAUUUUGUUAUUUCUUGGUUUGCCUCCCUCCCCAUUUGAGUCUUUUCUUUUUCUUAUAGUUGGGUUAUCCUAAGAUUGUCGUCGGACAAUAAAUGUUGGCAGAUUGUCUGAUCAAGUUGGUUACAUCUCCUGUGAUGUUUAGAGUUUGUUUUCAAUACUUUCUAUUUUGGUAGCUGUGUGUUUGCCCUUCACAGUCAAAGGGCAUCUCCACAUAAGGGAACUGGCUUAUAUGAGAUGGGGCAGAGAAGUUCAGGAAUUCCACAGCUGGCUUUUUAGCCAGCUGCCCUGGAAAACAGGCACAUGAAAAAACAAAAAUGAUUACUAUGAAAAGUGCUGAUAAAAAAAUGCUUACAGCCAGGUCAUCUUUAAGAUUAGAACAGUUUAUUCAAAGCACUGGAAAACACCUGACAACUCACAGAGGAGUUAUCAUGUGAUUAUUAUGUGGUUCCAGGAGAUGGGCACGGGCAUAUCUGUUGAUAUCUUUGGAAUAUUUUUAUAUCAAAACUAAGAUUGCUGGCAGAUAAUUUUGUUAUGAAGUGUUUGAUCUGGGUUUAGCAGGUGAAAAUUCCUUUAAGUUCCUAAGGUAUAAUAGGCCAUAAAGCUGAUUGAUCCUGCUGCUGGACUUUGGAAAUCUGAAUUAGUUUGGAUUCCUAUAAUUCAGAGCACACAUCACUGAAGACUUCCUGGAAAUCAUUGUAAAUUUUGCAACACAGCUCUCAAGAUACCAGUGUCAACUGUGUAAUAUUGAAUUUUUACGUGCAAAUGAAGGAAAUUAGAUAAGUUUUUCAUCUGUACGAUGUCACGAAAGAAAAUAUAUAGUGAAAUAUAGACAAAGGACAUUUAUAUAUCAACUAAUUUAAAGUUGUUUAUGUUUGUCUUCUUAAAUAAUCUGAAAAAACGAAAUGUAUUUCUUGAUUGUGAACAGGCCUGUUUUAAAUGUUUUUUAUGAUAUAGAAAGAAUAAUCAGUUACCCCCAGCCAAAAAUAAGAAUAAGAAAGGCAGUCAGGCAGAAGCUAAAUAAAUUUAUGUAGCUACAAGAGAUGGUGUGACCUCUAGAUGGACGUAAAGGCUUCGUCUUUGGUAUUUGCUAGUGGUAGCCAUUGCAGCUAUGGUGGAGGUUUUCUGUAAAGGAAGUAUACUUAAGCAAUAAUUCAGAGAGAGGGAGAGAGAGGGAGAGAGGAGGGAGAGAGGGAGGGAGAGAGGGGGGGAGAGACGGAGGAAG